AUGCAUCAUGAUCACGUCACCGCCGGGCAUAGGGGCCAAAAGAAGACCUACAAGGCCCUCAGCAAGCGUUACUAUUGGCCCGGCAUGCGUACUUACACCAACGCGUACGUGGAGUCCUGCACGCAGUGUCGCGCAGCCAAAUCACUUAAUCAAAAACCUGCCGGCCUCUUACAACAGCUGCUUAUUCCCUCGCGCAGGUGGAGCCAUGUCAGUCUAGAUUUCAUCACCGACUUACCCCUCACCUCCUCUGGGCACGACGCAAUUCUGGUCGUUGUUGAUUCUCUCAGCAAGAUGGCGCACUUUAUUCCGGCCAAGAAGUCCCUCACAGCCGCUGACACUGUAGAGCUCCUUGCUGACCGCCUCAUCCGUUACCACGGCUUUCCCGAAGUCCUCAUUUCCGACAGGGAUCCACGUUUCCAAUCUGAAGUUUGGUCGCAACUAUGCUCGCGUUUUAAUAUUACCCGGGCGAUGUCCUCUUCUUACCAUCCGCAGACGGAUGGCCAGACCGAGCGAGUUAACCGCACCCUUGAACAGAUGCUCCGCACGUACAUCCAGGCAGACGAGAGGGAGUGGGAAGGCCUGCUGCCUGCUUUGGAGCUGGCGUAUAACACCACCAGUCAUUCCUCUACUGAGCUUUCCCCUUUCGAAAUCAUGAUUGGGGAGAAUCCCCUAACCGCUGCGGAUCUAGAAAUUGUUGGUGCUUUGGCUCCUACGCUCACUCCCCCUAUGACGAAACUCUUCCAGCGCCUCUGUGACCGCGCGCGGAGUCACAUCCUGCAGGCAAAGUGGCGUCAGAAAUACUACGCCGACGCUCGCCGUAGGGCUGUGGAAUAUAAGGUGGGCGACCAAGUCUGGCUUAGUGCCAAACACUUGCCUGCUCUUAACCAUUGUUCUAAGUUUGAACCCCGAUACCGGGGGCCCUUCACUGUGACUGAACGCAUUGGCACGGUCGCUUACCGUCUUGCUCUGCCCCCCACAUACGAGGGACACAAUGUUUUCCAUGUUUCACUAUUGGUUCCCCAUCACCCCCGUGAUCCCGCUUUGGUUCCACGCGAAGCUCCAGUGGGCUGGCCUCCAACACGCGACGACGCCGGCAACCCUACGGACCAGUAA